UGAAGCAGUAAAAAUCACCGAAGAGAGAGAGGGAGAGAGAGUUGAGAGAUAAUUAGAGUACCCCCUAUUUACAUCUGCACAGAUUUUGUGAGCAUCGUCUCUUUUGCAUUGUAUUUUUCUGUAUAAACAUUUACCUGUCGCUGUUACAAAUGUAAGUGCAUCAUUGCUCUUCUCCCACCACCCUUACACUAAAUAAGGAGUCAAGCUUUUUCUCGAAAAAAAAUUAAUCUUUUUUAAUUUCGUGAUCUGGGAUUUCUUUUUACAUCGGUUGGGAUUUGAGUUGGUGAGGUUGUUCAACCUGAAUGCUCAUCUCAUGAAGGGAUAAUGGUAGAUUGAGAAGUCCUAUCUAGCACAGGAACUCAACUCUCAAGUCACUUCAGCAAUUUUUUCUUGACGAGUCAUGGGAAUUCUGGAUGGACAUGGCUAUUAUUUUAUGUUAUUUUAAGUGAAAAGGCGGUGUUUUAGUGAGGGUGAAGUUUUCUUGAGUUGUUAUAGAAAUCUGAGCAUUCUGGCAUUCCAAUAAUUAAAGAUUGGAGGGGAGAAGAGCAGAGAAGAAGGUGCUGUUUUCGCCUGAAUCUUUCUGUGCCAAAUUUCAAGAUUUAAGCCAAAUUUGACUCUGUCUGAUUUGAAAGCCAGCGUAUGUUUGCAAUGUGGAGGUGAAAAAAGGGAAAUGGGGUUGUAUUUGUUGUGUCGUUUGUGGUGUAGGCAGAGAAUCAUGUGCGAAACAGUGAAGUCUUCAGCUUGAAAAGAACUCUCCCUGCAGAUCCAUUCACAUAGCUGUCUUGGUACCACUUCUGGAACCUGCAUGUUACAUUCACACUCUGGUUAAAAACCAAAUUGUUUGAAGAUAUCAGUGCUUUGACUGAAAAAGAAAAGAAAUAAUAAUUGCUGGGGGAGAAAAAAAUAAGGGGCUUUAUAUAUGUUGGAAGCAUUGAUUCUUGAUUGAAAAGGGCAUUUUUUUUCCUUGGGGGGGUUGGGAGAGAACAGUGAACAAGUCAGCUGUAGAUGCAUGAGUUUCAUCACAACUUUUAGUGGUGGUGGGGCACAGAGAGGCCUAAUAAUGCACCUAAUGUUUCUUGUUAUUGUUUUCAUUUGUAGACAGACAUUCACAUAGUGCUUGAAGUUUGUGGCUGUCCUUUGAGAGAGACAGAAGAAGCUUUUGUUGGGAAGGAUUUCUGUAUAUGUUGUGAAGAUGAGUAGAGAGUUGAAGAAAGGGGAAAAGGUUGAAAAGGGUUCUGCCAUGGCUGAGAAGGUUGUGGUGGCUGUUAAGGCAGCUAAAGAGAUUCCUAAGACUGCUCUGGUUUGGGCUCUGACUCAUGUUGUUCAGCCUGGGGAUUGCAUUACUCUUCUUGUAGUCAUAUCUUCACAUAGUUCUGGUAGGAAAUUAUGGGGCUUCCCGAGAUUCGCUGGAGAUUGUGCUAGUGGUCACAGGAGAUCAAACUCUGGUACAAAUGCAGAACUGAAAUCUGAUAUCACAGAUUAUUGCUCUCAAAUGAUUCUUCAGCUUCAUGAUGUUUAUGAUCCAAAUAAAAUCAAUGUGAAGAUAAAGCUCGUCUCUGGGACGCCAUGUGGAGCAGUCGCUGCAGAGGCGAAGAAAAACCAAGCAAAUUGGGUUGUCUUGGACAAACAUCUUAAAAAUGAGGAAAAGCGUUGUAUGGAGGAACUGCAAUGCAACAUUGUUGUCAUGAAGCGCUCGCAACCGAAGGUUCUACGACUGAAUUUGGUAGGGACAGCUAGAAAGGAGCAAGAAGCAGUCAGCUCCGACGAUAACCAGUCUUCUGAGAAAAAAGAGAACAGAAAGGAUUGCCUGAAUCCCACUCGUGGGCCCCUUGUUACCCCGUCAAGUAGCCCGGAGACAUUCACCGCCACUGAAGCUGGAACGUCGUCAGUUUCAAGCUCCGAUCCUGGAACCUCGCCUUUCUUCAUCACUGACGUGAAGGAUGGCCUUAAGAAAGAGAAACUGCUCGUUACUAAACAAGAACGAGAAAUCGAUGAAUCUAGUUCGGAUUCUGAAAGUGAGACCCUGUCUUCGUCUUCGAGUUUGAGGUUUCAGCCGUGGAUGGCGGAUAUUGUCAGUUCGCGCUGUCAGUCCAUGGAUCAUAUCGGAGAAAGCUCUGGGCGAUAUAGUACUCGUAUGCAAAACCCUGCUACCAAAGCUCUGCUUGAUAAGUUGUGUAAGCAUGACGAUGAAGCUGGCUUUCGAUCCCCAAGCUACCGGUCGAAUCUUGACUUCAGCGGCAGUUUGAGAGAAGCUAUUUCACUGUCGAGAUCAGCUCCACUCGGGCCUCCACCGUUGUGUUCUAUAUGUCAACACAAGACACCCGUAUUUGGGAAGCCUCCUAGGUGGUUCACUUAUGCAGAACUGGAGCAUGCAACCGGAGGGUUUUCACAAGCAAACUUCUUAGCUGAGGGCGGUUAUGGAUCUGUCCAUAGAGGGGUCCUCCCCGAUGGCCAGACGAUUGCGGUCAAGCAGCACAAGCUGGCGAGUUCUCAAGGCGAUCAAGAGUUCUGCUCGGAAGUUGAAGUCCUAAGUUGCGCUCAGCACCGGAAUGUGGUUAUGUUGAUUGGCUUCUGCAUUGAGGAUGGCAGGAGAUUAUUGGUGUAUGAAUACAUCUGCAACGGAUCUCUCGAUUCUCAUCUUUAUGGACGCCAUCAGAAUACGCUACCUUGGACUGCUCGACAGAAGGUCGCAGUUGGAGCAGCUCGUGGGCUGCGGUAUCUUCACGAAGAAUGCAGGGUUGGUUGCAUCGUGCACCGAGACAUGCGGCCCAAUAACAUUCUCCUUACUCAUGAUUUUGAACCCUUGGUGGGAGACUUUGGUCUAGCUAGAUGGCAACCCGAUGGGGAGACAGGAGUCGAAACCAGAGUAAUCGGAACUUUCGGGUACUUGGCACCUGAGUACGCUCAGAGUGGUCAGAUCACAGAAAAAGCGGACGUCUACUCAUUUGGUGUCGUGUUGGUGGAGUUGGUCACUGGGCGCAAAGCAGUCGACCUCAACAGACCUAAGGGCCAGCAGUGCCUCACGGAAUGGGCGCGACCAUUAUUGGAAGCUUAUGCUGUCGAUGAGUUGGUAGAUCCGAGGCUGAGAAACAACUACUCAGAGGGCGAGGUUUACUGUAUGUUGCAUGCUGCAUCAUUGUGCAUACGUCGGGACCCUCAAGCAAGGCCUCGUAUGUCUCAGGUGCUUCGAAUUCUGGAAGGCGAUGGGAUGGAUUCCGGUCAGCUGAUGACACCGGGGUUUGAUGUGGGCAGCCGGAGCGGAAGGAUAUGGUCUGAUCAACAUCAACACCACGUGCCAAAUGAAUUGUCUGGGCGACUUAGCUCGAACCUUUCUCUCAACUAAAGACAGCGAACGACCUUAUGCAUCAACGAGUUGUUUAAAAUUGAUGCCAUCAAGAUUUUUUGCCUUGUGUAUAGCAAUGGUAGUAUAAAGUUUCUGUAAUCAUCACUGAGAAAUGGAUACCCAAUUGCUUGGUUAGUAAUAUAUACAUAUUUUGGUUUGAAACAA